UCAAGAUGGGCGCCAAAGUGUGUGGCAUCUCAUGUCGGCACCGGCAUACUGAGACUGUUGACAUCAGUCAGUCUUUUGAAUUUUUGGGGCCCUCGGUAAGUAUGGGUAAGUAUUUUUUAGUUAUGAAGCAGGAGCUGCUAAUUAACAUACAGAAAGAAAUGCGGAUAGCAGCAGGGGCGGAAAAGCUGUUCUGUGUCACCAAGGACAGGAAGACUAGAGCCCGGGUAAAGGAGCUGAGGAGCAGCAGCGAGAAAAAGGUGAAAGACCUUUACACCUCUCUCCACAAGCUGAAUGAGGAGAUUGCGCAGUGGAGGGAAGAAGAGAAUGCUCCGGGUAAGAUAUAACAGUCUCUGACCUCUUUCCUAUUGCCAUAAUGUGGGAACCUGUGUGUCAUCAUAACAUCACAUCCUUAUAUCUCUCAAAUUUUUUCUUUUUUCAGAAGCAGUACAGGAGACAACAGAGAAUGCUGGAGACAUUGGUGUAGAAUUCCCAACAGAGGUCACUGAGCCUGAGGUUCAAGUUAUUUCAGAACCCGCCAGUGAUUCCUCCCAAGUGAGUACAUUACACUGUCAUUCAUUUCUUGGGCUGAACAUAAUCAUUGCCCUUUUCAUUACCACAUUCAUUAAUUGCAUAUUUCUCCCUUA